UAACACCAGGUGCAACAUAUCAGGUACAAGCAUAUACGAUAUACGAUAAUAAAGAAUCAGUAGCGUAUACGUCCAGAAAUUUCACAACGAUGAAAAGGAUGCGACAUAAGGAUUUAUUGGAUAUUAAAAUCCUACGAGAACCGAAUACACCUGGAAAAUUUAUUGUAUGGUUUCGAAAUGAAACAACAUUAUUGGUAUUAUGGCAACCGCCAUAUCCCGCUGGUAUAUAUACACAUUAUAAAGUAUCAAUAGAUCCACCGGAUGCACAAGAAAGUGUAUUAUAUGUUGAAAAAGAAGGUGAACCACCGGGGCCAGCACAAGCAGCAUUUAAAGGUUUAAUACCUGGUCGAGCAUAUAAUAUAUCAGUACAAACAAUGUCUGAAGAUGAAAUAUCAUUACCGACAACAGCACAAUAUCGUACAGUACCGUUACGUCCAAUGAAUGUAACAUUUGAUAAAGAAUCAAUAACAUCAAAUGCAUUUAAAGCAAUGUGGGAAGCACCGAAAAAUGAAAGUGAAUUUGAUAAAUAUCAAGUAUCAUUAUCAUUAUCAAGACGCCAACAAACUGUACCACGCACAAAUGAACCAAUAGCAUCAUUAGAAUUUCGUGAAAAUUUAGAACCUGGUAAAACAUAUAAUGUUAUUGUUAAAACAGUUUCUGGUAAAGUUACAUCAUGGCCAGCAACAGGUGAUGUAACAUUAAAACCUUUACCUGUACGUAAUUUACGUUCAUUUACUGAUAAUAAAACAAAUGUUAUGACAUUAACAUGGGAGCCACAUCCAAAUAGCACACAAGAUUUAUAUAAAAUAAGUUAUCAUGAAAUUGUUGAAUCAAUUAAUAGUGAUGCAAGCACAAUGACAACAGAUGAUACACGAUAUAGUUUAGAUAAUUUAUUACCUGGUCGAAAUUAUACAAUUACAGUACAAGCAAUCUCUAAAAAUAUGGAAUCAAAUGAAACAACGAUAUAUGUUGUAACAAGACCAUCAGCUCCAAUAAUUGAAGAUUUAAAAUCAAUUAAAGAAGGUCUUAAUAUCAGUUGGAAAUCGGAUGUUAAUUCUAAACAAGAAAAAUAUGAAAUUGAAUAUAGAAGAAAUGGUACAUCUGAGUUAAGAACAAUACCAACAUACGAGAAUCGAAUGGUUAUUAAAAAUUUAUUCCCUGGAGCUAUUUAUGAAAUUAAAGUUUUUGCUGUCAGUCAUGAUGGCUUAAAAAGUGAUCCUCAUGCUUAUUUACAAGCUGUUUAUCCAAACCCUCCGCGUGCAAUGACAAUAGAAAAAGUUACAAGUAAUUCUGUUUUGGUAAGAUGGCAACCACCAGAACGUAGUGAUUAUUCAGAAUACUCAAUUCGCUAUCGUACUGAAAGUGAUAAGCAAUGGCACAAAUUAUCACCUGUAAAAACAACAGAAGCCGAUGUCAUUAAUAUGACACCAGGUGAAAAAUAUACUAUACAAGUGAAUUCUGUUAGUUAUGGAGUUGAGAGUGUAUCACCACAACAAGUUAAUCAAACUGUUCGCCCAAAUCCAGUUUCAAAUAUCAUUCCAUUUAUUGAUUCAACAAAUAUAACUUUGGAAUGGCCUAGACCUGAAGGAAGAGUUGAAAUGUACUUAUUGAGAUGGUGGCCAACCGAUAAUCCUAAUAGAAUGUAUUUUAAAAAUGUUUCCGAACACAAUGUCGCUCCAAUUAAUUUUACUGAAUCUGGAGAAGAUAUUCCCUAUGUUAGAGUUUUAAUCAGUGAUUUAAUGCCAGGUGUUCAAUAUAAAUUCGAUAUUCAUACAAUUUCAUAUGGUCUAACAAGUGAUUCUACACCACUUUCAACUAGAACAAUGCCACUUAUACAAUCUGAAGUUGUUGUAGUGAACAGUUUACAUGAACGUGAUACUGUUACCCUUAGUUACACACCAACACCACAGUCAAUUUCAAAGUUUGAUAUAUACCGUUUUUCACUUGGAGAUCCAGAAAUUCGUGAUAAAGAAAAAUUAGCUAAUGACACAGAUCGAAAAGUAACAUUUACAGGAUUAAUUCCAGGACGAUUAUAUAAUAUUACCGUAUGGACGGUAUCAGGAGGUGUUGCCAGUUUGCCAAUUCAAAGACAAGAUCGUUUAUAUCCUGAACCAAUUACUCAUAUUAAUGCAACACGAAUAACAGAUACUGAAAUUACCUUAAAAUGGGAUAUUCCGAAAGGGGAAUAUAAUGCUUUUGAAGUUCAAUAUUUAAUAACAGACUCAUAUUAUGUUCAAAAUUUAACCGUUUACGAUACCAUAACUAUUUCUGGUUUAAAACCUCAUCGAAACUAUACAUUUACUAUUGUUGUUAGAUCUGGUACAGAAUCAUCUGUACUUAGAAAUAGUUCUCCAGUAUCAGCGAGUUUUACAACAAAAGAAUCAGUACCUGGACGUGUUGAACGUUUCGAACCAAUUGAUGUGCAACCGAGCGAAAUUAUAUUUGAAUGGUCAUUACCUUCAAGUGAACAGAAUGGUGUUAUAAGACAAUUUAGUAUUACAUAUGGUAUAGAAGGUUUACCACAUAUACAAACAAAAGAUUUUAAAGCAACUGAAACGAGAGGAAAUUUAAAAGGUUUACUGCCUGGAACAACAUAUGUUUUUAGAAUACAAGCUAAAACAGCAAUAGGAUAUGGACCGGAAACUAUAUGGAAACAAAAAAUGCCAAUAUUAGCCCCACCAAAACCAGCAACGCAAGUUGUACCAACUGAAGUUUAUAAAACAAGUUCAACAAUUCAAAUACGCUUUAGAAAAAAUUACUUUUCAGAUCAAAAUGGAGCUGUUAAAUAUUAUACAAUAAUUGUUGCUGAAGAUGAUACUAAAAAUGCCUCUGGUCUAGAAAUGCUCAGUUGGAAAGAUGUUCAAUCUUAUAGUGUUUGGCCACCAUAUCAAGUUGUUGAGCCAUAUUAUCCAUUCAAUAAUAGUUCCGUUGAAGAUUUUACAAUUGGAACUGAAAACUGUGAUAAUCGUCAAAAUGGAUAUUGUAAUGGCGCACUUAAAUCUGGAACAAUUUAUAAAGUUAAAGUGAGAGCAUUUACUGCACCAGAUAAAUUUACAGAUACUGCAUAUAGUUUUCCAAUACAAACCGUUAUACACUCGACAGAACAAGAUAACACCUCACUGAUAUUGGCAAUAACAAUACCAGUUUGCCUUAUACUUAUAACUGUUAUGGCAGUAGUCUUUUUACGAAAAAGACGAAAUAGUGGUCGUAAAUUAACAAAAGAAUCACGCACAAAUGACAGUAUGUCACUACCAGAAAGUGUUAUAGAUCCAAAUCGCCCUAUACCAGUUAAAAAUUUUGCGGAACAUUAUCGUAUGAUGUCAGCCGAUUCAGAUUUUCGUUUUAGUGAAGAAUUUGAAGAAUUAAAACAUGUUGGACGUGAUCAACCAUGUACAUUUGCCGAUUUACCAUGUAAUCGACCGAAAAAUCGUUUUACAAAUAUAUUACCAUAUGAUCAUUCACGUUUUAAAUUACAACCAGUUGAUGAUGAUGAAGGUUCUGAUUAUAUAAAUGCAAAUUAUGUUCCUGGUCAUAAUUCACCACGUGAAUUUAUUGUAACACAAGGUCCAUUACAUUCGACACGUGAUGAUUUUUGGCGUAUGUGCUGGGAAUCAAAUAGUAGAGCAAUUGUUAUGUUAACACGUUGCUUUGAAAAAGGACGUGAAAAAUGUGAUCAUUAUUGGCCACAUGAUACAGUGCCAGUAUUUUAUGGAGAUAUUAAAGUUCAAAUACUCAAUGAUAGUCAUUACCCAGAUUGGGUUAUUACAGAAUUUAUGAUGUGUAGGGGUAACGAACAGCGUGUCAUACGUCAUUUUCAUUUUACAACGUGGCCAGAUUUUGGUGUACCAAAUCCGCCACAAACUUUAGCAAGAUUUGUUAGAGCUUUUAGAGAACGUGUAGGUCCAGAUCAAAGACCUAUAGUUGUACAUUGUAGUGCUGGUGUUGGACGUUCUGGUACUUUUAUAACAUUGGAUAGAAUAUUACAACAAAUUCAAGUUUCUGAUUAUGUUGAUAUAUUUAGUAUUGUAUGGGCAAUGAGAAAAGAACGUGUCUGGAUGGUUCAAACAGAACAACAAUAUAUUUGUAUUCAUCAGUGUCUAUUAGCUGUAUUGGAAGGUAAAGAAAAUGUUGUAGGACCGCCAAGAGAAAUUCAUGAUAAUCAAGGCUAUGAAGGAUUCUACUUUAUAUAAAAAGAAAAUAAAAUAAAAAGCGGGAAGGUACAAUAUACAAUUGAAUUAUUGUUAAUAAGUAAAAAAUUAAAAAAAAAAUAUUCUAUCCUAAGACCACCAUAAUUAGAUAAGAAAAAAUAAAUAAAUUUUAUGAUUAUAAUUUAUUCCAUGUGUACUAUAUAAGAACUUUAAACUUAAAAACGAAAAAAAUUAAAAUGUGAAACAAAAAUCGCGACAUUAUUGACUUUAUUGCUGAGUCCGCAAAAUUCAAUAUUAUUUUUUAUUGAUCAUUGAAAAUCGAAACCAAGCUUAUAAAAAUUAGUGAAAAUAGAACCCCCAUAAUGUUUUAUUUUUUUUCUGUUAAAACCAAAACCAACAUACAUAUAUGCUAUACUAUAACUAAAUUCAUUCACAUAAUAUUUAAUAGAAUUAAAAAAAAAAAAAUAAAACAAUAAUUUUUUUAAUGAUAUUAAGAAGAAAUUUUUAGAAAAUUUAUUAAUUUUCUAAAAUUAAAAAAAAAAUGUUCAAAAAAGACGCAUAUACAAUAUGUAAAAUUAAAAUUUAUUAUUAUUAAAAAAAAAAAUAAAAGAAAAAAAAUGAAUACAACAAGAAACUCAAAAAAUUUAUGCAUUAAGAAUUAAAAUUAAAAAUCUUAUUUGUAAAGAAAAUCAAGUAUUUCAAAUUUAUAUAUAUAAUAUAAUCGUGUUUAUUUACGUGAGAAUUUCGUAAUUUUUGUUUUAAUUUUUUUUUUGUUUUAUUUAGAAAAAAUUGUAAAAUAUUUCUCGAAUAUAAUAUUAUAAAUAAUUAAAUAUAUUAUAUACAUGUAUGAACCAGAUAUGAAGGUUUACAUUUUUAUAUUAAAAAAAAGUAAUAUAAUUAUUAUAGCAAUUAAUGAAACUUUA